AUGAGCGAAUUUGUAAAUCAAUGGGUUCGCUGUAAUUCAUGCUUCAGGAACUUUGAUUCCGACGGUGGCAUGCUAACUAGUUGCGGUCAUUUCUUUUGUAAUAGACCAGAAUGCAGAUUAAAUUGUAAAGUUAACGAAAAAAUUACAUGCCCAAUAUGCAAAUCUACUUGCAGCUGCAUAUCACUAUCGCAAACAUUACCAGAUGAUGUCUUACAGUACUUCGAAGACCCUGAAUUUCUCCUUUCGAAAACCCUUGACGUAAUUAGAUUCCAAAAUCAGCAGAAAGACCUAUCAAGGGCACAUUUCGAACAGCAAGAACAGAAGAUUCGCGAAUUACAAGAAGUUAUUGACGACAUUCGCUCCGAAAAUCAGAAAUUAAAGAACGAAAUUACUAAAAUUAAGAUCCCAGAGAGCAGAAUCGAGAACGAACCUGUCAUGAUUAAAGAGAACAUUGCAAAACAAAUCACUACAUCCAAGAGGCGUGCAAAAAAUCAAGAUCAAUUUACUAUUCAAACAGAAUCCCAAGUUGUUGCCCCAUCUGUACAAGCAAACAAUACUAAGACGAUUACUACAACACAGCGCUCUUUCCAGCCAUCAAAACUGUUCACGCCAACUUUGGCAAGCCGUCUUCAAGGUUUGACAGGGAAAAAGCUCUAUGAUAACCUAGGAACUGAUAACAACCAGUAA